AACAGGAUAGGAUUUCAACAUUGUCAUCCAAAAGCUUAGGACUUGGACAAUGUGUGUGUUUGUGUGUGUGCUAUGAAAAAAAACUUAACUUGCUAAUUUUUAAAAUCAAAUUGUAUCCCAGACAGCUAUGGUUUGUUGUUUUAACCAAUUGGUACUUUUUCCCCUCUGAUAAGCUUAUGAAAAAAUAUGUGAUUCUGUUUCUAUGAAAGCAGUUGCAAACCUUUAACAGAUUUUAAUACAUCAAGAUUUCAAAUCACUAUAUAUAUAUAUUUUAAAAAAGAUUCUCUUCAACAGGUUUCUGAUGCGUGGCCAUAUUUUUGGCAGAUACACCACUGAGCAAGCAAACAAGCAUUGUGGAAUCUGUAGAAGAAAGUGGGGGCUAAGGGGAGGGUUUCAUUCAGACGUGAAGGCAGCUUCACAAAGUGUGCGGAGAAACCUGGGCUCAGUUCAGGUAGGUGUGAAAGAUUUUCACUGUCGCUGGACUGGAGGUGGGGAGAGGCUGAGGGGGUGGGCAGAGCACAGGCGCGAAGGCUCUAUCUAUCCUGGAGUGCCCACCCACGGUGAGUGCCAGGUGACAGGCAGAGCCCCUAUAUAUGCUGCCGUGGCACAUCCAUCCACACACAAUCCUCGCGGCUGCUUUUUAAGACUAAAGUUUGUUCCCAGUUUGGCGGCUAGAGGGAGCCAUGGAUGAUGCGCUCGAACCAAACAGCCAAGCUCUGGGAGCCAACUUGUCCAGCCCUCAGCAUCCCGCCUGGAACUUGAAUCUUUCUUUCCCCUCUCGCUGGGCUUUGGCCGGACAGUCUGCGCAGACCAUCGGGGCGGGCACGAUCAUGCUGCUGGCGCUGGUGGGUAACUGCUUGUUGUUGUACCGACUCCGUUGCGGAGGAUGCUGCUGCGGAGGUCGGUUCAGGAGGCGGCGGAAGAUGGAUUUCCUCCUGGCGCACUUGGCUAUAGCCGAUCUCUACGGAUGCGGACUAGCGUUGCUCUCUCAGCUGCCUCCAGCAGAGGACGAUCACGUUGCAGAGCCGGGAGACUCGGGAUGGCUGGCCGGAGACACCACCUGCCGUUUGCUCCGCUUCCUGCAAGGCUCGGGAUUGCUAGCGCCGUCGCACAUGCUGAUUCUUAUUGCGCUCGAGCGACAGCGCUUGGCGAAGGGGCCUCCGCCCCCUCAGGAAUCGCUGCCGCCUUUCGUGCUCGCCCGGAGCGCCCUGGUCGCUCUGGGCUGGCUCUUGGCUUUGCUGCUCGCCCUGCCUCAACUCUUCGUUUACAGGCUGGCCCCGUCGCAGCCCGGAGGCCGCUGCCUCAGCAUCUUCCCUCAGCUGCCCCGAUGGCACGGACAGGUCUACGCAGUGUACGAAGCCAUUACGGGCUUCGUAGCUCCCGCCUGCCUCUUGGGCAGGACCUGCAGCCGCAUCCUCGCCAUUCUCAGCGCUUCUGGAGCCGAGGAAGAGGAGCCGUCGCAAGAGGGGCCCGGCGGCAGCGCCGGACCCAGUCGCGUUGAGCUGCCUGGUGUCGCCGGUCCCGCUCCGCCACUUCUUCUGAGGCUUCUGCCGAUCUCCAAGUGCGCUUCCCGGUCGCCGUCUGCGCCGCAAAGCCUGCCCCGCGCACGAAUCAGGGCACUGCAGCUGACUUUGGCGCUCGCCGCGCUGUUUGCGCUCUGCGGUUUCCCGCGUUUUAUUUUGGAGCUGGGCUUAGCUUUUGCCUUUCCCGAGGGCGCCACCCAAGAAGCCCGGACGACCCUGAACAACAUGAUGGCAGCCACCAACAGCGCCAUUAAUCCCUACGUUUGCCUCUUAUUUCAUAGCUACCAGCCCUGGGCGCGGCGGCUCCAACGUAGCCUCUGCAGGUGCCCCGAUGGACAACCCAGACGGCAAGCUCGCCACCGGCAGCGACUGUCACCAAGGGCGGCCGCGGAUCGUGCUGAACUUUGGCUCUGCCCCUGUCAGACUAAGACGCCUGCCAUCGCAACAGCCAUCCAGCUAGAGAAGGAGGAGAGCCGGGCUAUUUGCGAGAGCAGAUUCUAACUUGGAGGGUCGAAUUUGAAGGAGGCUUCAUUUGCUGUUACCAUCCACGAAGAGCAGAAGGUUGAAGAAAGGAGAAAGGACCUUUUGACACUUAGGAUGGCCUUAACUCUGUUUGGGCCUUUGAUACCAUGUGCUCCACUGACCUAAGAGUAAAAUAAAAGA